AUGGCCGAGGUUGGCUUCCAGUGCCCCUGGCUGGCCGGUUACAACGAGGUCUACGGUGUCUCCUUCCUGCUGGUGCCCGCCCUGGUGCUCACCCUCCUCGGCGUCUUCCUGCACCGUGAGUGCCUGAUGGGCUGGAGGGGGACAACGGCCAAGGGAGAGGGGUGCCCAGCCCAGCAGCCCCCUCCUGCCUGUGCACCAGGCUCCUGGAGGGUGGUUACCUCGCUGCGGGUCUUCUAUCACGCCUGGGUGUGGAUCAUCGUGGUGCUGUUGGAUGGGGACUGCUACACCUGCGUGCAAUACUUCCUCCGGUUGCAUGGCCCCAGCUCCAACUCCAACCCCGGGGAGGAUUCCGAGCUCGUCCGCGUCCUGCACUUCGAGUCUCGGGUAAUUGGGCUGGCCCUGUUGCUGACACUGGUCUCCAUUGCAGUUGGCAUCAGCUGCUGCCACGUGUCCCACUGCUGUGGGAAGCCUUACUAUUGGUGGGAAUACCAGCAAAUGUACCUGGAGGAGGUGGAGAGACUGCUCCUGACCAACCUGAAGGACAGCGCCAACCGGCGAGCCGAGGAUAAUUUCGGGAGUGAAACUGAUGGGGGCAGUGCGGAAGACACCUGGGAGCACAUUUCUUCAGUGGGCUUCGCGAAGAUCCAGUACCCGGAUGACUUCCGCGCAGCACCGAGGACAAGUGGGGAAAGCCGCCAAAACCAGCAGGAGGCGAUGAAGGAGGAGGAACCGCCGCAGGGCGGAAGAGAAGAGACACAGCAGAGCGACAUGCAUCUGGUGCAGGGGGAGCUGGGCAUCCUGAGUGAGCAAGGGACGGCGGAGCCACCGGUCCCCACAGCCGGCGUCAACGGCCAAGCGGGACAGACUGAAGCAGAGCCAGCCCCUGGCCAGGCGGAGGCAGGGAAACCAGGAUGGAGGACCCGGCUGUGA